AGAGAGAGAGAGAGAGAGAGAGAUGAAGGGAGCGUGGAUCGCAUCGGGUUUGGUAGUGGUGGUGUGUUUGGUGGGUUUAUCAUCAGCAUCGAUAGAGCAGCUGAGCACUAGGGAAUGCGAGAAUCUUGGUUUCACUGGGCUUGCUUUGUGCUCUGAUUGCAACAGUUUGGCGGACUAUGUCAAAGACCAGGAACUGAUAUCAGACUGUAAGAAGUGUUGCACUGAAGAUUCCAAUGAUUCCAUGACGAAGAUUACUUAUUCUGGUGCAAUACUUGAGGUCUGCAUGAGGAAAUUGGUAUUCUAUCCAGAAAUUGUUGGCUUCAUUGAAGAAGAGAAGGAUCGAUUUCCAUCUGUUAAAAUUCAAUACAUGUUUAAUUCUCCUCCAAAGUUGAUCAUGCUAGAUGAUGCAGGGGGGCAUAAAGAAACAGUAAGAAUCGACAACUGGAAGCGGGAGCAUAUACUUCAGUUUCUGCAAGGGAAGGUGAAGCCUACAUCAGCAACAUGAAAAUACUGGUUAUUUUCUCCUGUCACUACCUGAUGGUAGAUAUGUCACUGGAUCUUAUAGGGAAACAUAAAACUGAUAUCUGGACAAUUGAUGUUCUCGUCUUUUUCCUAUUUUCUCCUAGUUCUUUCUUUCAUUUUUUGCUUUGUAAUAGUUAAUAGAUUAGUUUUUUGUAUUGUUCGACUCUUCAAUCCAUCGCUCUAUAAUAUAUUUACUGAUAACUCAAUGGUUCUACUUUCACGGAAAGACAAACUCCUAUUUAGUGUCAGAAUAUGAAAUGACUACAUGAAGUCUAUGAUUCUGUCA